AUGGCUCAUCAUUCACAACACCUACUCCUUCUAAUCUUGUUUCUUUCCGUUCAUUUUUCUCACCAGUUACAAUUUUCUCACUCUCAAACACUUCUCAAACUUCAACAACUUCUUGGCUACCCUUCAUCACUAACAGCCUUAACCACCACCAAAGAUUUCUGCAACAUUGAACCUACUCCUUACUUAACACUAGUCUGCUAUGAGCAAAAUCUAACACAGUUGCAUCUUGUUGGAAACAACAAUGACUUCACCUCAUUGCCUCAAAAUUUCAACUCACACGCUUUCUUUUCAACAAUUUCAACACUUUCAACCUUGAAAGUCCUCUCUUUGGUUUCUCUUGGCUUAUGGGGUCCACUACCUGAAACCAUAGGUGAGUUUUCUUCAUUGGAGAUACUCAACAUUAGCUCAAACUACUUCAGUGGCGAAAUACCAGUUCAGCUUUCACAUCUCAACAAUCUUCAAUCACUAGUACUUGAUGAUAACAAUUUCAAUGGUGAAAUUCCAAACUUGUUGGGCUCUCUUCAAGGUUUGGCUGUUCUUAGUAUGAAGAAAAAUUUUCUUACAGGUAACUUGCCGAAUUCAGUGAAUAAUCUUGUUACUCUUAGAGUUUUGGAUCUGUCAAAUAAUCAACUAUUUGGUGAACUACCUCAUCUUCAUAAUUUGGUUAACCUUCAAGUUCUUCACUUGGAAAACAACACAUUAGGACCUCAUUUUCCUUCUCUUCCUACAAAGCUAGUUUCACUUGUGCUUAGAAACAACAGUUUUAGGCUUGGUGUACCUUCUAAUAUAACUUCUUUCUAUCAACUUCAAAAACUGGACCUUUCAUUGAAUGGAUUUGUAGGGCCAUUUUCACCGUCUUUGUUGUCACUUCCUUCAAUAAAUUACCUUGAUGUUUCUUCAAAUAAGUUCACUGGUAUGCUUUUCAAGAAUUUUUCAUGCAACAACGAUCUUCUGUUUGUGAAUUUAUCUUCAAAUCUUUUGAAAGGUGAACUACCAAGCUGUUUGAGACAAAAAACAAAGGUUGUUUUGUAUGCUAGAAACUGUUUAUCAAAUGAGAAGAAACAAGAUCAACAUAGUUACAAUUUCUGCAGCAGUGAAGCGCUCGCGGUGAAUAUUUCGCCACAUCAACAACAGAAACAUAAAGGAACAACAAGUAAAGCAGUCCUUGUGUCAUCAAGUAUUGGAGUUGUUGGAGUAUUGAUUGUUGCAGUUGUUAUCUUGGUUGUUAAUCAAGUUCAUAAAAAAAAUGUUUCGAAAACACCUUCAAUGUCUACUUUGGACCAUGUCAUUAUUAGUCAAAUACAGAAUGAAGAUAGAGUGAAAACUACUGCAAGGUCUAUAGUAGAGCAUAUCAUCAAAAGAGUUCCUGAUAAAAAUUCUAUGAAAACACUAACAAGAUCCAUAAAGGAACAUGUCGCGAACUUACUCGGUAACAGACGCCUUUCAAGGUCACCUUCAAGGUCCAUAAUAGAACAUGUAUCAUCAGUAAACACUGCAAAAUUACUCACAGAUGCAAGGUGUAUAUCUGAAACAAUGAAGAUGGGAACUGGUCUUCCUGCAUAUAGGACCUUUUCUUUGGACCAACUUAAGGAAGCUACAAAUAAUUUUGAUGAGUCAAGUCUCAUAAGUGAAGGUCCACUUGGUCAGAUAUAUAAAGGGGUUCUCUCUGAUGGGAUGCAUAUUACUAUUAGAGGAAUGAAGAUAAGAAAGAAGCACAGCCCUCAAGCCUAUAUGCACCAUGUUGAGUUGAUUUCAAAACUUAGGCAUUCACACUUGGUUAGUUCACUUGGACAUUCUUUUGAAUGCAACCAAGAUGAUUCAAGUGUCAAUACUAUAUUUCUCAUUUUCGAGUUUAUUCAAGACAAAAGUUUAAGAAGCCGCAUCUCCGGAUCAAAUGGAGAAAAGCUUUGUUGGACACAGAGAAUAGCAGCCACAAUUGGAGUAGUGAAAGGCAUUCAAUAUUUGCAUACCGGGAUAGUGCCUGGACUAUAUUCAAAUAAUAUCAAGAUAACUGAUAUUCUUUUGGAUAACAAUCAUAAUGUCAAAAUAAGCAGUUAUAAUCUGCCGAUCUAUGCUGAAAACAAAAGAAUGGUCAGCAAUGGAACUUCUCAUGGAGUAAAAGGAAACCUCCAAGCAAGGAUAAAUGAUGGAGACAAGAAUGAUGUGUAUGAUAUUGGGGUAAUCUUGCUAGAAAUCAUUCUUGGACGACCAAUAAUGUUCCACAAUGAAGUGGGAACGUUAAAAGAUCUCUUACAUGUAAGCAUAAAAACUGAUGAUAUAGCAAGAAGGAGUAUUGUAGACCCAUUUGUUCACAAGGAAUGUUCAGAUGAAUCAUUAAUGAAAAUGAUGGAGAUAUGUGUAAGGUGUCUCUCUAGUGAACCAAACCAAAGACCUUCUGUGGAAGAUGUUCUUUGGAAUUUGCAGUUUGCAGCACAAGUUCAGAAUUCAUGGAGAAGAGAAACAAGCGAUUAUAGAGACUCGCCUAUAUCGUCCUCAAGAGAGACAAAGUUACUAUGA